AUGUCUGUCAAUGUUACGGAAACCUUAUUGAAUGAGAGCAUCGGAACUCUUAACAAUGUCAUCAUUCACAAUUCAACAACUUUUAUAUCGAACGAUUUCCUGUUCUUGGAAACCAAAGUAGCUCGAGCACUUGCUGGUACAGUGGCAUUUUUGGCUGUUAUCAUCACUUGUCAUCAAAUUUACCUCCAUAUCGUUAAUUACACAGCUCCAAAUGAGCAAAGAUGGAUCGUUCGAAUUCUCUUUUUUGUUCCGCUAUAUGCGUUUCAAUCAUGGCUUAGUCUUAUGUUCCUUAGACAUCAGGAUUUCUACGUUUUCCUCAGCCUCUGCUAUGAAUAUCUGGGUGGCGAAAGUUGCAUUAUGGCGGAAAUUCGCGGGAAGAAAAUACCCUACUCUUGGGUCUUCUGUACCUGUUGUUUUUCCGGUCAGGUCUUCACAAUCGGUUUCCUACGGUUUUGUAAACAGGCGACGCUCCAAUUUUGUCUGGUGAAACCACUAAUGGCAGUCGCUAUUAUUGUCAUGCAGCUCAUCGGCGUCUAUAAGCACGGUGUUUGGAGCUGGUCCAAUGGUUAUUUCUACACAACUAUAAUUUACAACGUCUCGGCUUUUUUGGCACUCUAUGCCCUCGUUUUGUUUUACCUGGCAACGAGUUCAAUCCUUCGACCCUUCGAUCCAGUCCUCAAAUUUGGCAUUGUAAAGUCUGUCGUGUUCCUGUGUUUUUGGCAAGGAGUAAUUCUAGCGAUUUUGGAAAAGAUGGCCAUUUUACCAGCCUUGCCUUACACUAAUGUCGGUACUGUUGCUGCGGGUAUUCAAAACUUUCUCAUAUGCUUCGAGAUGCUCGUGGCAGCGAUAGCACUACGCUAUGCCUUCCCACACCUUCUCUACUCCGUUGGUGUAAAUACCAGGCGUCAAUAUGACGAAGUCGAUGAGGGUGAUGAUAUCAAUGCCGAUAAUGGGUCAGCAGGUGAGAAGUGCGGACUUAUUGGUGGAAAUAUUUGGAAGAACGGGGACAGUGUUAUCAGCGUUGGCCAUCCAAGUGGCUUGCAUAACUUGAAAGAUACGUUUAAUCCUCGCGACAUGCUGCGAGAUGCGCUUCACAACUUUCAUCCUACGUACAGGCAAUAUACAGAACAGCGAACACAUCCAGAUUACUCAUCGAUCAAGGAAAAACCUUCAACAGUGAGUCCAUCUGGCACCACACCAGCUCCACCAAUUCCACCUGUACCUCCAAGCGGUGUUGAUCUCGCAGGCGGUAAUCACAGCGCCUCCUCCCGCCAACAAGUUAACGCUCCUCCCGACCGUCUUUUCACCUAG